CCAGCUAUACAAGAGAGAGAGAGAGAGAGAGAGAGAGAGAGAGAGAGAGAGAGAGAGAGAGAGAGAGAGAGAGAGAGAGAGAUGGAAGUUGUUCAAGUGCUCCACAUGAAUGGAGGAAUUGGAGAAACAAGUUAUGCCAACAACUCCCUGGUUCAGCAAAAAGUAAUAUCCAUGACCAAACCCAUCAGAGAGGAAGCUAUAACUAAUCUCUACUGCAGCACCUUGCCAAGAAACCUAGCCAUUGCAGACUUGGGUUGUUCUUCAGGACCAAAUACUUUAUUUGUGGUUUCUGAAAUUAUCAAGGUAGUGGACAAGCUUCGCCAAAAGCUAGGCCAUGAAUCACCUGAAUAUCAAGUGUUUUUGAACGACCUUCCCGGAAAUGAUUUUAAUACCAUUUUCAAGUCACUGUUGCCAAGCUUCCAGAAAGAAAUGAGUUAUCAACUGGGGCAUGGUGCUGGUCCAUGUUUGUUAUCAGGAACUCCUGGUUCCUUCUAUGGCAGGCUUUUUCCUAGCAAGAGUCUGCAUUUUGUCCAUUCUUCGUAUGGUCUCCAAUGGUUGUCUCAGGUUCCGCAAGGGCUGGAGAAUAAUAAAGGGAACAUUUACAUGGCAUGUACAAGUCCACCAAGUGUACUUAAGGCCUACUAUGAGCAAUUUCAAAUAGAUUUUUCGAUGUUUUUGAAGUGUCGUGCAGAGGAGUUGGUAGCAGGAGGGAAAAUGGCAUUAACAUUUUUGGGGAGAAGAAGUGAAGACCCAUCUAGCAAAGAAUGUUGUUACAUUUGGGAGCUUUUGGCUAUGGCACUCAAUGACAUGGUCUCUGAGGGACUCAUAGAAGAAGAUAAAAUGGAUUCAUUCAACAUUCCUCAAUACACACCAUCCCCGUUAGAAGUGAAAUUCGAAAUUUCAAAAGGAGGAUACUUCACCAUUGAUCGCCUUGAGGUUUCUGAAGUCAAUUGGAACGUUUAUGACAAUGAAUUCAACCCAUCUGAUGCGUUUCGUGAUGAUGGAUACAAUGUUGCAAAGUGCAUGAGAGCAGUGGCUGAACCCUUACUUGUUAGUCACUUUGGAGAUGCAAUAAUUGAUGAGGUCUUCCGUAGGUACAAGGAAAUUAUUUCUGAUCACAUUUCUAAAGAGAAGACUCAAUUUAUCAAUGUGACUAUUUCUAUGACAAAAAGAGGAUGAUCAAGAUAUUUAUAUAUGGUUGAUUGAAUAAUGUCAUUUCCUCGUUCCAACGACUUAAAUAGUGUUGUUGUCUAAUAAUAUUGUGGUAAGUCAAGAUCAUGUAUCUUGCUUUUCAAAUUCCAGUACUAAGGGAUGCGGUGUAUUAUCUGCUAGUGCUUUUUUAUGUACUCAGAUUACGUAUAUGAAAAUUGGCUUGGAUUGUUCUU